UGACAAAGAAGAGGAAGGAAGUUGUUUUCACGAGUCACAACUGUCAGUGCCGACGCCGAUCAGAACGCGGGCAGAUUUGACGAUGAGAAAUUGAGAAUUUAGAGCUCCUUCCAUUUCGAUUUGGUUACCUAAUUUAACUAAUUUCUCCGUACACAACUCCGUUUCCAUUUUACGGCGUUUACCGCCAUGGAAGCCACCGACGACGCAGAAUCCCCCACACCAAUUGCCUCCCCAAAGUUAGCUGUUAACUGGGGUACAACAACUGUUAUUGGAAUAUUUACUGGCAUGUUAUAGGCGGUAGCAAGGAGGCAUGCUUCUGUUAGGAUUUAUUUUCCUUGAAAAACUACUUGUAUAUAACGCUAAGCUACCUUCCAUAAUAUGAGCAAGGACGCAGAAGUGACAUUGAAGCUUGGAAGUACAGAAGACAAACGUGAGCAAUAUCGUUUGAUGAGAGAUGCUAUGGAGAAACGGUUCAUUAGGGUUACACGGGGCUCAAUAGUUGGAGGAGUACGCCUUGGAAUGUUCACUGCUGCAUUUUAUAGCUUACAAAAUUUACUUGUAGAGCAGCGAGGUGUGCAUGAUGUUUUUAAUGUUGUUGGUGCUAGUUCAGCUACUGCUUUAGCUUUUGGUUUAAUAUUGCCAGGAUCACUACGUUGGCGAGCUAGGAACAUGAUGCUAGGAUCAGUUUUGGGAGCAGCAUUUUGCUUUCCUCUUGGUUGGCUCCAUUUGAAGCUGAUAGAAAAAGCUAAUGAAGGGAAUCAAGCUGCAAAUGAAAACUUAGAUAAGAGAGACAUAAAAAGUGGUGUUAGUGCUGCAAUCAAAAGGCUUGAAAGCAAUUUACAGAAAUGAAAGCUAUUUGGCUCCACAGAGGCAUGCCUUCUUGUUUCUAUUUUUCAGGGUGGUCAAGUAAUCAUGCAAUGGAGGAUGUGACACCACUGGGAAUGGCAUUGAUGUCCACUUAAUAGGAGAAAAAGUUGUAUUAAUUAAAUAAUUUUGUUGACCAAGUUGAGUCACACAGUUCUUCCAUAUGAAAUUAUGAUGCCAUUAUUAGUUUGUUAUUAUGUUUUUAGUCUUGUUAUUAUGACUUAUGAGGCUAUUGUGGUAUGAAUAUCGUCUGUUGCAGUGCCAAUAGUAUCUUG